GAUGGCAUCAUGCCUUUACGAAUGCCUUUGUGAAGCAGAACUUGAAAAAUACUAUCCCCACUUGGCUGCCUUUGGUGUUGAGACAAUUGAUGAGCUUGCCGAGGUUGCCCUGGAAGAUUACUCCAAACUGGGGGUCCAUGACAUAAAUGACCGCAAACGUCUUUUCCACCUCAUUAGAAUAAUCAAAUACACACAAGAAGAAGGCGCUGCAAACUUAAGCAAGCAGGAUUUUCAACCACAUGGCCUUUUCAUUCAGCCUCAGGUGACCAAGUCGGGACCCCGCAGACAGCUGCGUUUCGAGUCCUUUUGUGGAGAAAAUGAUGGAACAGUUAAAGACUCUGAACCGGAGUUGUAUCAGUCAUCUGAUUUCAGUGCCAAUGAAGAGAAGGACAGUGUGGGGGAAAUGCUGGGACACAUCCCACCACACAAUCCAGAACCGAUCAGAUUAACUAGAAGAGACCUAAAUAUUGCUGGAAUAGGUACAAAAAAUGACCUGAGCUGUCCAACAGUUUCUGAUGAUAUUGCUCCUCUCCUGGGUGAUUCUGAAGUUCCUAUUGUACAAAGAGUAACUCAUAUUUCAGGGUAUAAUUAUGGACUACCUCAUUCCUGUAUCAGAUCCAGUACUUUCGACAAAGAGACUCCAUGGACAGAGAGUGACAAAAUCAGAGUGUGUGUCCGAAAACGUCCUCUCUGCCUGAGGGAGGAGAGACGUGGGGAGGCAAAUAUAAUCACAGUGAAAGAUCAGGAAACCCUACUUCUGCACGAGAGGAAGGAGGCAGUUGAUCUUACACAAUACAUUUUACAGCAUGUUUUUUGUUUUGAUGAAGUCUUCGAGGAGUCAUGUACCAACCAGGAUGUGUACAUGAAGACAGCUUAUCCUCUCAUUCAGCAUAUUUUUAACGGAGGCAAUGCAACUUGCUUUGCAUACGGGCAGACUGGUGCUGGCAAGACUUACACCAUGAUAGGGAAUCACCGGACCCCAGGACUCUAUGCCCUGGCUGCCCAGGACAUCUUUAGGUACCUGGAAGCAUCACCGUCCAGGAAAGAGCAAGUGGUUCUGAUCAGUUUUUAUGAGAUCUACUGUGGACACCUUUAUGACCUGCUAAAUGGAAGGCAAAGGCUUUUUGCAAGAGAAGAUGGCAAGCACGUCGUUCAGAUAGUUGGACUGAGGGAGGUUCAGGUGGAUUCUGUAGAUGAGCUGUUGGAGGUGAUUUUGAAGGGAGGAAAAGAACGUAGCACAGGAGUUACUGCUGUCAACUCAGAUUCCUCUCGGUCUCAUGCUAUCAUCCAAAUUCAAAUUAAAGACACAAGCAACAGGGCAUUUGGGAGGAUAUCAUUCAUUGACUUGGCUGGCAGUGAAAGAGCAGCUGAUGCCAAAGAAAAGGAUCGACAAACAAAAAUGGAAGGAGCAGAAAUAAACCAAAGUCUUUUGGCACUAAAGGAAUGCAUUCGGGCGUUGGAUCAGGAACAAGUGCAUACUCCUUUCCGGCAAAGCAAGUUAACUCUGGUGCUGAAAGACUCUUUCAUUGGCAAUUCCAAGACGUGUAUGAUAGCCAAUGUUUCACCAAGCAACCUAGCUGCAGAGCACACCCUGAACACUCUGCGAUAUGCUGACAGGGUCAAAGAGCUGAGGAGAGGGAUUAGAUACCCUGCCCCUGUCACAAAAAGGCGUCGCAAAGCUGGAACUGUAUCUCCAAGGCUUAUCCCAGGCUCUCCCUUUUUGCCACCUGGGGAAAAGAGUUCUCCAAAGAAAGUGAAGCUAGGCCUACAGCAUCCCUCAAGUGCUGCAAAACCAAAGGCAUAUCCUGCAACACUCCAGCCACCUGGUGUCCCUCUUACCUCUACCCCCAAGGGAACUGGCAAAGGACAUGCCUACAUAGAAGAUACCAGCACUCCCUGCUUCCACCACACCACCCCAGUUAAGGGAGUCCUAGAAAUAACACAUCCCCUGAAGAAAAGUUACCUAUCCCCCCUCCCUGAAAAGAGUUCCUCAGUGGAGGAUUUCAUUGCCAAAGAGGAGAGUGGCCAGCAAGACAAGUAUAUGCAAAACAGAACACCUGUCCAGUGCCUGAAAGUUCAGACAGUGCAACCUCUUCAGAAACAAUUUGUUCCUAAUGACGAUAAUUCCUCUGGAGAUGGCAAUCUGCAAAGCGAACAGGAAUGGGGAAAUACUUUUGCUAAACAGUCUGUUGAACCGUGGACAUAUCUGCCUCCAUAUCAGAAGGAAAGGGAAGAGCAUUUACGUCUUUAUCACCAGCAGUUUCAGCAACCCCCUAUACUAAAGCAAAAAUUGAACUAUCAGCCCCUUGAAAGGUUUUUAAUGCAGUACAAGCCCGAGGAGAUUCAACUGAAGCAGGAGCUGAGCCUACCUCCAACUGAAGGGCAGAGCAAAGAGUGGAUACAGCAGGAAGAUCUGGAUGACAGUGAUUUCAGUGAAGAUUCUUUCUCACCUGUCUGUAGUCAAAAGAGUGUGAAAAGAGAAAAUAGCAGCAAAUCCAGUCAACAUUCAUUUUUUCUUCAUGAAAGAGAGCAAGGAACCGAAGAGGAGCAAAAAGGCCAAAAGCGGCAGGAUUUAUUUUUUAAAUAUUCAAUACCCACGGAAGAUCACAGAUUAGAUGACAGCUGGGAUUGUAGUGAGGGCCGCUCAGCAGUAGAGGAACCCAUUAAAAAUGCAGGCUGCAGCAAAACUCCUGCAGACUGGAGCUAUGACUUAGCUGAAUUCCCUCCCAGCAAUACUGCAGAAAAACCUUACUGUCUGCAGGAAGAUCCUGCUUGCAGCUGGAGAAAUGGCAAGGACUUCCUAGCUGAUCAUAAAGAGAACAAGUCCAAACACAAACGUCUUGUUUACUCCAGUGAAGCCACCUUAACUCCAGAAAUGGAUGCUUCAACCCCAUGUGUAUCUCCUGUAUUGAAAUCAGGAACUCCAGAGUGCAAAGAAUUUGAUCUCCAGCAUGAGGAGAAGGAAGAAUCCACGUUGGCUAAAAAGGCUACCCUUGUAGGAGGAGAUGUAAACUGGAAAGCUCAAAAAAAUGGAGUCAGCCACUACGUUUCCUCCAGUUGUUCCUCAGACUUCACCUCUGAGCUCAUGACCCCGCCCCGGGUGUCAUCUCUUGAUGGUGAGGACACAACUAAAACAGAGAAAGCAACUUCCAACCAAGAGCAGCCCCACAGCGAGAAGCAGGUGCCAGACAGUGACACCCAGACCAGCUUUGAGGACGAGGGCUGGCAGUGCACCAGGAGCAGAUCCAUGACCGACAGCAUGCUGGAACUGGCGGAGCAGCCCGGCCAUGGGGAAAGGCUCUGUGCCCUGCUGGGCUCCUCUCAAGCCAAGAACAAGAAGCUCCCACCCACCUGCGGCCGUGUGAAGCCGUGCUGCUGCCACCUGCGAUCAGUUUUGUCCAAGCAGGGGGUCCGGCGCAGUUUGUUUCUUGAACGUGACCCGACAGAAACAUCCACAGCUGGAUCCCCAGCUGGAUCCGCCGUCCCUGGGCCAGAGACCCCCUCUCAGGAGAGCAGCCGGCUGCAGCAGCCCAAGCCAGGAGCGAGGAAUGACGACCUCAUCCAUUUUGAAGACCCUGCCAAGUCAUCAUUCAGCAAUGAGGAGACAGGGUUGCUUAAAAACAAGUCAAAGCAGAGUAUUUUUACACAGGAGACUUUUGCUGCAGAUGCAGGAUUUGCAACCAAAGAUAAUAAGCCAAUAGCAAAUGCAAAAUGCCCCUCACAGCUGUCCAGCAGCUGUUCUCCACGUGCUGCAUCAGAGAUGGGGAAACGGCAGAGGGAAGCCCUAGAAAAGGCACAAAAGGCUCUAAUUCGUGCUCAUCAGCAGCAGCUGGAUGAACUGGCACACCUGUGCUUCAAAGAGGAGUGCUUGAUAAAUCAGAUGUCAGCAAUGGAUUUUCAGAAUUUCAUGGCCACGCUGGAUGAAAUCUUGGUGCUGAAGUCAAAGUGUGUCCAAACAAUGCGAGCCCAGCUUCAGCUCUGUUCAGCCUCCCCUGGCACUGACAAAUCACUGCAAACACGUCCAUCCGUUUAGACCUUCUUUGCUUGCACAUGCACUGGAGCAGCUACAGGAAACGCCAGCCAACACUUUGCUACACCUGGUGCUGCAGAGUGUGGGUGGUAGGGGAUAGGUUUUGGUUUGAUAUGUUUGUGACUAGUGUGUGUUUUAUAUAAGAGUGGAGCGAAUUCUGAGUAAAUGAGAGAUGACUAAUUAGCACCAUAAGCUUUGUAUUUCAUUAAUAUCAGUAAGCCACAUUCUGAACAGUAACAAUUCAGCAGUCUUUAAAUAUCUCACCAAGUAGCAGUCAAGUCGUGUUAAUGUAUCAUAGCAGCGUCUCACAUGUUAAAGGCAAUCCUGCAAUUCCCAAGUAAGGGAAACAACUUUGAAGCCAGAUACAGGUCAGAACAGAAAUGCUCAAAAGCUACCCAGAAAAGCCUUUGCAAACAAAAGCCAGGAAAGAGAGAGGAGCCAGAGGUUGUUACACAUUAAGUAUUUGGAUGUCAGGGCAGGCUGUGAAGUGCUGUCAGUUUCAGAAGAAGGAAACCUAUUGUUGAAUUAAUGCUUGGGAUGAACCCUCCAGAGCUCCUGAAAGAGGUGGCUUUAAGUUAUGGGUAAGGAGUGGUUUAGCAGGGACUUCCUAGCAAAGAUUCCAUCUGGCACGUUAAUAAGCACAUGGGUUUCAUGCUGCUGCCCAGAGGAAGACGCCAGUACACCAUAUCCAGUGCCUGCUCUGAAGAGAGCUGAACAGAUUUCUCACAUGAAAACGGAGUCUGCUUGGAGGCACUGGGCUGCCAGAAGCUGCUGACAGCACUGUCAUGUGAAACUGGUAUUUGAAUCAAGGGCUGCGGAGCCAUCAGCAGAGCCCUGCAGAAGGCCUGGUGCUGCAAGCAUUGCAUCUGAACCACAAAGCCAGUCCACUUGCUUUGAAGGCACCAGUGACCUUGAGACAUGCUUGCUCUGUGUGUGCUCCCACUCCAAAAUUAGGGCUGUCGCAGCACAUUCAUCCAUCUCUGUGUCUCCUCAGUAACUCCUGUGGUAGCUCAAAGCCUGCUCAGUAGCCAGAAGUGCCAAGGGAAAUGGAACACUGCUGUUUGACCAGCUGUGGGUUUUGCUGCCUGCCUGCACAGCCUCCCUGAGGAGCCCAGGUUGGGCUGAGCAGCAGGACAGUAAUCACAGUGACACUCUGGGGUGCAUAUUUGGUGCAAACACUCCCAGGAAUGUCACCCAGCAUAGGCCUGGGAAACAGAAGCAAAUUCCAUAUCACUGCCCUGGCUGUUGUUUUUAGCACUGUUUAGUCUCCAUCUUGCAGCUGAGACUGGAUUCCUCUGUGGAGAAGAGAGCAGAGUUUCUCUGGGGUCUGAGGUUAUGGCUCUCAAAACAGCCCCUGUGUCCUGGUCACAGACCAGCAGCAAGGCACCUGAACCUGGGUCAGAAGCCUCCCUCACUCACCCAGGGGCAAAACUCUGGGUGUUUCUGCGUGGCACAGAGCAGUGGUGCCUGACAGCCACCAGAGAGCUGUAAAGCAGUGGGAGAUCAGCACUCUGCUAAAACCACAAGUGUUUAAAACCACCAAUUCCCUCCACUUCCUGAGGUCAGGGAGGGCUUUUCUGUGAAUAAGGUGAGGGGAAUACAGGGCAGCUGGGUAGUCCUCCUGAUAGCAUGAAAUAGAUGUGGGCACUUAGUUUCCCCAGCACGUUCUCAGCAAGCAUGCAGCAAACACUGCUGUCAGGGAGCAGCUGAGGAGUUUGGCAAGUCUAUUUGAAACCAAAGAAAAGGUCAGACUGUAGGAUGUGUGCACAGGUCGCAGGCAAAUGUGAUGCCCAGUCAGAAACAGUGCAAGGGAGGAAAAUUUUCCCUCCACGUAUUCUAACAUUUGGGAAAUGAGUGCUGGUUGAUCACUCUUUCAGGUUUUUAAAAAGCAUCUGAGCAAAGUAUGUUCACUGGCAUUUAGAGUGUCUUACAGAAGCUGGCUAUUCCUAAGCAACACACAAGAAUCAUUUGCACAACCCACAGUGCCAUGUCCUAACCUCAGAAUCUGCAGGCACAGUUGUGACAAGACAGAUGAGUGACCAAGAAUUUCUGUGAGCAGAGGAGAUGUGAGUUCAAUCAGCUGCCAGAUUGGAGCCACCUGUGAAUCCCAUCCGAUCUAUUUGAAAAAAGCAAAUCUGGCAGAUCUGAGCCCCAGCAGCAGUUCCCAGAGCAGGAACUAUCUGCUCCCUCGAGGAACAGCCAGGGACACUGAGAAACAACAAAUAAUCAAAACAACAACCACAUACAAUUUUCCAAUGUCUGAUACAAUCUUUUAUUUUUUUAAUGGGUUAUCCAGCCAAUCCACAUGACUAUACCUUCUUAAAUAUUUUAUUAUAUCUGUUCUCCAAAUUUUAUUUUCUCUACUGAAUGUGAGAUUUGACCAAAAUAAAAAAAAGCUGGCUGUGAAAAGCAGCCCAUCCUUGACAGUAACAUGGACAUUGCUGCACGCCCCAAAGAUACCAACAAUGGGUUCCUCAUGUGCAACAGAAACUAUCCAGCUGUUGUCAGAAAUGGUAACAUUUUUCCCUCUCCUUUGAGGUUUAUUACCUAGUUGCUGCUUUAAUUUCUUGUGUGAAAAUGUGCUAAAUUAACACUUUAAGUAAUAUCCCCUUCCUACUGUUUGAUAUCUCACUGACAACUGCUACAAAAGGUUUUCACUUCAACUUGAACAUACAUUAAAGUGUCAUAAAAGCAAUCUAAGAGAUUUAGAGAGCUUGGCCAUGUACCAUCAAAUAAACACAGAACUAAAAUGGAUUCACUUUUGUAUUUAGAUGCAACAAUGACU